CAUCUUCUCAGAUACGGCAGUGCUUCUGUUUGAUUUCUGGAGUGUCCACAGUCCUGCUGACAUUUUUUGCAUACUUACAUAUAAACAGGACCUUGCAGUACUCAUCACUGAACAAGAAGUCGCGACAGAUUUGUGCAGCCUGCCAGGGGAGAGGGUGGGGUGAUGGUACAUGGCUCCUUCACCCUCAGCCCCUGGAUUUUUCAGGUGGCUUCUCUUCCUGAUCUCAAAGCCACACUCCGGCUAAGAAAGGUCUGGUGAAGACAGUGAAGAAGUUUGGAGCUCAGCAAGGGUGGGGAAGAAGAUGCAGGAGAGAGGCAUGGCCCUUUCGGUGUUGGUGCUCCUGCUUCUGGCUGUACUGUAUGAAGGCAUCAAGGUUGGCAAAGCCAAGCUGCUCAACCAGGUGCUGGUGAACCUGCCCACCUCCAUCAGCCAGCAGACCAUCACAGAGACAGACGGGGACUCUGCAGGUUCAGAUUCAUUCCCUGUUGGCAGAACCCACCACAGGUGGUAUUUGUGUCACUUUGGCCAGUCUCUAAUCCAUGUCAUCCAGGUGGUCAUCGGCUACUUCAUCAUGCUGGCUGUAAUGUCCUACAACACCUGGAUUUUCCUUGGUGUGGUCUUGGGCUCUGCUGUGGGCUACUACCUAGCUUACCCACUUCUCAGCACAGCUUAGCUGGUGAGGAAUGUGCAGGCACUGAAGCUGGAGGGACACGGGGCCCCCUCUUCCAGACACUAUACUUCCAACUGCCCUUUCUUCUGAUGGCUAUUCCUCCACCUUAUUCCCAGCCCCUGGAAACUUUGAGCUGAAGCCAGCACUUGCUCCCUGGAGUUCGGAGGCCAUUGCAGCAACCUUCCUUCUCAGCCAGCCUGCAUAAGGCCCAGGCAUGGUCUUGUGUCUUAAGACGGCUGCUGUGACCAAAGGGAGAAUGGAGAGAACAGGGAUGGCAGGGUUACUGAGCCCAUGACAAUGCAUCUCUGUGACUCAAACCAGGAAUUUCCAAAGAUUUCAAGCCAGGGAGAAGGGUUCUUGGUGAUGCGGGGCAUGGAACCUGGACACCCUCAGCUCUCCUGCUUUGUGCCUUAUCUACAGGAGCAUCACCCAUUGGACUUUCUGACCUCUUCUGUCUUUGAGGGACAGAGACCAAGCUAGAUCCUUUUUCUCACCUUUCUGCCUUUGGAACACAUGAAGAUCAUCUCUUCUAUGGAUCAUGUUGACAAACUAAGAUUUUUUUUAUUUUUCCCAUUGAACCCCUAGUUGGCAAUUUUGCACAUUCAUACAAAAAAUUUUUUAAUGAAAUGAUUUCAUUUUAUUCAUGAUGGAUGGCAGCAACUGCUGAGACCUAUUUCCCUUUUUUGGGGGGAGAAUAAGUGACAGCUGAUUAAAGGCAGAGACACAGGACUGCUUUCAGGCUCCUGGUUUAUUCUCUGAUAGACUGAGCUCCUUCUAGCAGAAGGCAUUGCCUGCAGGAAGAAGAUCAUCUGAUGGCUGUGGGUGUCUGGGAAGCUCUUCAUGGCCUUAAUGGCCUCCUUUAUCCUCAUCUUUCUUCUAUGCAAAACAAAAAACUGCAUCUAAUAAUGUUCAAUACUUAAUGUUCUCUAUUUAUUACUUACUGCUUACUUGUAAUGAUCUGGUGGGGAAACAUGAUUCAUUCACUUAAAAUACUGAUUAAGCCAUGGCAGGUACUGACUGAAGAUGCAAUCCAACCAAAGCCAUUACAUUUUUUAAGUUAGAUGGGACUCUCUGGAUAGUUGAACCUCUUCACUUUAUAAAAAAGGAAAGAGAGAAAAUCACUGCUGUAUACUAAAUACCUCACAGACUAGAUGAAAAGAUGGUUGUAAGCUUUGGGAAUUAAAAACAAAUACAUUUUAGUAAAUAUAUAUUUUUAAA